CUGUUGAUAAAUUUUCGCUCCACAUUUCCGAGUGAAUUUUAGUAGUAUGGAGCGUAAAGAUUGUACUUUAAAGGCUUUUGAUUAUUUGACGAUGUAAACCAGUCUAUAUACACCUCUAUUUGAUGCGUUUGUUGGACUAAGCUGUCGUUUCUGUUGGUGGGAUUUAAGCUUACAGCUGCGACGCAAGCUCCUAGAUCUAGAUCAACUUUCAGAGCUGUGGAUUUUGUGGAAAAUUUUUGUGCAUUAUUUUAGGGUCUUAAAGACACUGCACUUGAGCACUGUGUACAGUURAUGGAGGGCGAACAGCCAAAUAGUCUUGCUUGCAUUCGAGCCAACGARAUCUUCCCAAAGAAACCAUUGAAAUCAGAUGAUCCAUCAUUGAAGGUACUUUUCCCAGAACUUGAAGGUGAAGGUGUGGAAUUCCUAGGUUCUACAACAGAUGCAACUCUUGCUUUGUCCAACUACAGGUUUUUUAUCAGCUUCAAAGACUCCUUUCUUAAUAUCCCUAUUCAUUUGAUUGAGUCAGUGGAAUUAAAAGAUUUAUUYUUUCUUCAAAUUAACUGUAAAGAUGCAAGAUCAUUCAGGAUUGUUUUUGAUAACAAUGAACAGUGYGUCAAGUGGCUUCAUCGUCUAAAURCAGCAAUAUCAGCUUCAUCAAAUAUUGAUGAUCUCUUCUCAUUUGCUUUCCAUACUUGGAGUCUGGAAUCCAAAACUAAUGGACAUUGUAUAGGCAAUGGAGACUGUAAUGACCUUGCAUACAGUGAUGGUUUGCCACAGUAUUCAUUCUUAGAUGAAGUGAGACGGUUGGGAUUUGACACCAACCAAGAAAACUCAUCAUGGAGAAUAACUGAUGCCAAUUCAAACUUUGGGAUUUGUUCCACCUACCCCAAGCUCCAUGUGGUUCCUAAAGCUAUAUCAGACAGCGACUUGGAAGAUGUAGCAGCKUUUCGGUGUGCCAAGAGAUUUCCAUCAGUUGUUUGGAGACAUCGUGAAAAUGGCGCUGUGAUAGCAAGAUGCAGCCAACCGGAAGUAGGAUGGUUUGGUUGGAGAAGUUCUGAAGACGAGGGAUUACUCCARGCAAUUGGUGCAGCUUGUACAAAAAAUAGUUCACCUCAAGUUGACCAGGAUAAUGACUGUAACCAGCURCCCAAUGGACAUGUGCCUGAGGAUAAAGAGUCCACAGGGAAAAGGGUCCUUAUUCUGGAUGCAAGAUCUUACACKGCGGCUGUGGCCAACAGGGCAAAGGGUGGUGGAUGCGAAUGUACAGAAUAUUACCCAAAUUGUGAAGUGGAGUUUAUGAACCUUGCUAAUAUUCAUGCCAUCAGAAAAAGUUUUCAUAGCCUAAGAAAUCUUUGCUCUGGACCUCAGGAUGCAUUCAAUUGGUGGUCACAACUUGAGAAGACGAACUGGCUUCAGUACCUCUCCAUGGUCCUCAAGGCAGCCAUUACUGUUGUCCAUGCAGUGGAUAAAGACUGCAAACCAGUAGUGGUCCAUUGUAGUGAUGGCUGGGAUAGAACUGCUCAAAUAGUGGCCUUAGCAGAACUUCUAUUGGAUCCCUACUAUAGAACCAUCGAGGGAUUCAAAGUGCUUAUCGACCGUGAGUGGCUAGACUUUGGUCAUAGAUUUGCUGAUAGAUGCGGUCAUGGAAUGGACUUUGAUGAGAAUCAGCGGUGCCCAGUCUUUCUCCAAUGGCUGGAUUGUGUUCAUCAGUUGCAGCGGCACUUUCCUUGUGCCUUUGAAUUCAAUGAAACUUUCUUGUGCAAGUUGGUCCAGCAUACGUACUCGUGUUUGUUUGGUACAUUCCURUGUAACAGUGAACAAGARCGACAGCAAGCUAAUGUCAAGACUCGRACGUUUUCUGUUUGGUCAUUAUUUCAUCCCAGGAGAAAGGAAUUUAGGAAUCUUUUAUAUAAUCCUAGUAUUGUCAAAGUUCUUAUUCCAUCGUGUCAUGUCCGAAGCCUGGAGCUCUGGUCAGCAGUUUAUCUAGCUUAYCCAGUACCUUUCUCUCAAAAUGGAGGACAWKCUGUUCUUCGCGACGAUUCUCCACAUAGUUCAUGCUCUUCGCCUUCUUCKCUUCGUUUUCCAUUCAACUUUAGUGAUUCAAAUUUAGAAAUGAAAUCUUACAUAUCAAYACAAUUGAAUUCUUCCAAGUCUGACGGUGAUCUAUUACGUCAGAAUACAAUUAAGAAGUGCACRCCUUUGGACCACACAAAAGACAACGAGGAGCAGGCUUUUUGUGACCAAACUAAUGGACUUUCAACCACUAGUAAUGGUGAAGUUGACCUUUUUGUGGAAAAACGCACUCUUUCUGAACAAAACAGUAGUUUAUAUUAUAGUGCAACCGCUGAAGAAAAGGACAGCAAUGUCGGCACCAGUCCACAGGAAAUGAUUUCUAGCAUGACUAGUAGUGCUACCACAAUUAUCCAAGAGGAAACUGGAAGUGAUGAUGAAGAAGCUCACGCUGAAGACAGCGUACCAGAUAACAUCACAUUCGGAAGAACUCUAAAAGAAUUUGGCUCAAACUCUCGGUGUCGCCAAGAUUCGUCUUCYUAUGAACAUUUGGCUGCUAGUUUGAAUGAGCUGAAUCAUGAAGGAGACCCUGGCGGUAGCCUGGAUAAUUGUAAUAAUUUAGAUAAACCAUGUGAUAAUGACGUAGAGAAAGACACGAAGGACUUGAAUUUAACCAAAGAAAUAAGUAUACAAACUACAGAAAAUCAAAAAACUAUUACCAACCAAGGAACACAAACAAAUGAUAAUAUCAACACACUACCGAAUAACACUACCGAGCUAACUACCAAAGUAACGCUACCGAAUAUGUAUGCGCGGUAUCUCGAUAAUGAUGGAUUGACAUUAAUGCAUAAUGACGUUCAAGACCGUCUGCGCCAGAUCGAGAUGUUGUAUCAGGAACGAAUGGAGACUUUACAUGCACAGGUGUUGGAAGAGAGACGUAGACGUCUUGUUGGCUAUAAUGGCGAUAUGUGUUCUGCUGGUAGGACUACUGAUUUAAAUGAUGAAGUGUGCUCAUUACCAGACUCUACUCAGAGUGGUGAACAGCCCCCGUCUCAUGGGAGUGGUGACGAAUCCAGUUGGAUUGAGGUAGAAGAAAGUGAUGCAGAGCCUACACGCUGGGUACCAGACCAUGCCGUGUCAAACUGCGCAAAUUGUCAUGCUCAAUUCUGGAUUGCAAAUCGAAAACAUCACUGUCGGAAUUGUGGUCUUGUGUUCUGUAAUACGUGUUCAAAUCACAACCUACCAGUCCCUAACGAGCAGCUCUAUGAUCCAGUGCGCGUGUGUUUGUAUUGUUUUGAGAAACUUCUCAGCAUGAAAGAACGAGAGAAAACCGAGCGGCGAUCAGGUCCCGACAUGGUGUCAGCAGUAGGAUAGAUCACAUGACUUGAAUAGGCGGCUUGUACUUUGAAAUCAACUGACUUAUUUUGGAUGGUAAACGUGAAGAAUUUCUUUUUUAAUUAUCACUUUUACAUCUCAUAAUGGCAUUCUGUGAAACUCUUUUUUCUUAGUAUUUCACGGCAAGGAAAGUUAGGUUUUGUUCUCCAAAUAAAGAGUUUCGUUGGUAGACAAAACAAAGAUUUGAGAAAAUGAUUAAAAGAGUUCAUACACACUGAAUCCUAAAACUUGAAUUAUGAAUUAUUAUAUAAAUUGGUUGAAAUUACGCAGAUUUUUCCGUCCCAACGUGAUUGUGGUUUGAACUUUUGCCAUCCAUGAUGUCACGUGAUUUCAUGUGUAAGUCGCCUAUUACCGACCUAGCAACUUAGGAAGUUAUUUUUUUUCUAAAUUAUUAUUCAAAAGUUCAUUAAGUGUUUGUUAGGUAUUUAUCGUUUUGAUUCAUAUAUGUAGUUGGGAAGACUUUAURAGAGAAAAAUUAAAAACCAUGAAUGAAAUUCAAUAGAAAAAAAGCUUUUUUUGUAGGUAUAGAAUAUCGUUGUUAGUACUAAGACUCGACUAUAAAAUGAAUAUACUAUAUACUAAAAGUAUGAUUCCAUAUUUUCAACUAGGAUUUGCUAUAUAAUGAAAGAACAGUAGUGGACCUAAACAUCAACAUCGUAGUUUUUUUUUAUUGUAUACACAUACGUUCGACGGCUUUAUUCUAUAAUUACCUGAAAUCAUUUUUUAUCAACCACUCUUUCACUAUAUGACACGUCSAACUGAUAUCUAGAAGGUACAAAUAGUCGCGUACAAAUCCAACUUUCUCCUGUUAUCGAUGGUUUUCCUUUUAAAAAGGAUUCUGUUCUAAUUUUAGGGCGCUUUCCAUUUCGAACUGGCCAUCCAGACGUGUAUUUUAAAAGGCCGAUUUAGAUGGUACAAUUGCCGCGUGCGACUUGUGGUGUACGCCUCGUAUGAGCUCCAAAUCGCGCCUUGUCAAUGCUUUUACGACUUGCUUACAACUUCCCUACCACUUAUCGUAUAUUACAUGUCGCACACGACAACCGCACCGUGCAAAUCAGACUUUAAUAAUGAGUCAUGUAUUUUGUCGCGACUUAGCGGUAUUUUUUUUCAGUUUUCCACUGUAGUAAUGGAUGAAAUAUAGAAAUCGAUUCGAACUGGAAUGAUUAAUAAUGGGAUUUUUCUGUCAGUUCUGACAAAUGGAAGGCGCCUUGUAGUUUAUACGAGACGUUUGUAUAUUGACAAAUUGCGCGAAAUUUCAUUAAAUAUAAAAAGAUUACUAAUUAC